CAAGUGUUCAAUUGGACCCCAGCUUCCGGAGCUUCAACAUUCGUAGCUUCGACGACGACGCACGAACGACCCGGCAACUCGGCGAGCUGUAACGAUACAACGCCACCACCACUGUUACCUCUCGCAUCCUCCCUGCAGCUCCGGCCAGACUCGCCAGGCGCGCUUGAACCGAAAUCAUGCGCUUCCUCAACGCCCUCGUCCUUGUCGCUGCCGGCACAGCUUCCGCUGCCUCAUCGUGGGGCUUUGACGAUGCCACCUUGACCGUUGGCAGCCGGAAAGCCGGCGACGCAGCAGCUGGCCCGGCCAUCAAGGAGAAGUUCAAUCAGAAGUCGCCACUCACCAGCAGCGUCCCAUUCGGCACAGGCGAGACGCUCAAAGUCACGCUGACUGCUCAAGAAAAGGGCAAAGGAAAGCGCCCACACCAAGCGUUUCUCAUCCUGCGCGAGGCGACCACCGGUGUCGAGGCUCCCUUCCCUCUGACGGUCAAGGACAAUGGCAAGGCGACUGUGGAGAUUAAACAGACCGACCUGCCGAUCCAGCAUUUGACUUCGACCGAAAACCUCUCUGCCUCUCUCGUGCUGGCUUCGUUCGGCUCCUCGCAAGGCUUCAACUCGCCCGUAUUCGAUAUCGCCGUCAAGCACGACCCGACCGCAAAAGUGGCCAAGUACGAGAAGCCCUUGCGCUAUGGCAAGCUCGCGGAGAUCCACCACAUUUUCCGCGCCGACCCCAAGAGCCCGCCCAAGAUCAUCUCACUCGUCUUCGUCCUCGCCGUGCUGGCCACGAUUCCCGCUGUUCUCAUUGGGUGGAUCGCACUCGGCGCCAACGUCGACCACCUCUCCAAGGCCCUCAGUGCCGCGCCCAUAUCGCAUGCCGUCUUCUUCGGCUCCAUCAUCGCCAUGGAGGGCGUCUUCUUCCUGUACUACGUCUCGUGGACGCUCUUCCAGGUCCUCCCCGUCAUCGCCCUCGUCGGCACGGCCACAUUUCUCAGCGGCACCAAGGCCCUCGGCGAGGUCCAGAGCCGUCGUCUCGCGGGCGAGCGAUGAAACAAAGCCCCGUGUGUGUGUGUGGAGGGAGGACUUUCCUGCGAUUUGCAGAAAAGACAAAGGAAAAGCUUGAGACCAGGAAAGGACACGAUACCGAAAGCCAAUGGUCACGAAACAAACCGGUGAGAAUGCGGCGUGAUGCGUUCUGCUGUGUGUCGAUUUUUCCCUUACGUUCCAGCCAUGGUGUAGAGGAUUCCCCCAUAAAAGGAGAGGUUGUGCUUUUAUGAGUCUCAGGCUUUUGUACAUAUAGACGAUUAAAGAAAAACACCAUCACAACAUGACAAACAGGAUCUGCAGCUGA